AUGGAGAGCCAAAUGAUGGCGGCAUCAUCAUCGUCGUCGUCGUCGUCCAAGCCCGCGCCUCUGCAAAGCGAGAUGGCCGCGGGAGGCAGUGCAAGAGAUAAUGCCGCAUCUGCGUCAACAUCAGCUUCGGUUCCCAGGAAGAAAUCACGGCGCGGUACCGAUUCUUCAAAUCAAAAACGGCGCUGUGUCAGCACCGCAUGUAUCGCAUGCCGCAAACGCAAGAGUAAGUGCGAUGGUGCCAACCCGAGUUGCGCCGCGUGCGCCAGCGUCUACGGCACCGAGUGUGUAUAUGACCCCAACUCGGAUCACCGUCGUAAGGGCGUCUACAAGGAAAAGAUCGACAGUAUGAAGGCGCAGGGCUCCACGCUGCAGAUUCUCAUCGAGGCCAUCCUCAAUGCCGCCGAGGACGACGUGCCCGGAAUUGUAAAGAGGAUAAGGACAUGCGACAGCCUCGAUGCCGUCGCCGAAGCCAUUGCCAAGGAGGAACGUGCUGCGGUUGCCAAGGAGGACGACGACUUUUCCUCCCGCAUGGAUGAUGAGUACACGACGGACGUACCUACCGAGGGUGAAAGGGAUCUCGCUCGCAAAAUGGGCGAGCUACGGCUCGAAAACGGCCUUGUGCGCUUCAUUGGCGGAACGUCUCAUUUGAUAUACACUGGUGAUCCACAAGAGUCGCACAGGAGACCAGAAACAGAAGGGCUUGCGCUCGACACCAUGGACCCUUUAACCACAUGGACCAGGGUCACCACCGAUACCCAUCUCAUAAUCCACCUACUGAACAUGUACUUCAACUGGCACUACCCAUACUUUACCGCCAUCUCCAAGAAGCUCUUUUACAGGGACUUGUUAGAAGGCAAGCCGAGGUCGCCGCCCACCAGAACCACGUACUGCUCUUCGCUGCUCGUCAACGCAAUACUGGCCCUGGCCUGUCACUUCACCAACGUGCCGGGCGCGUAUGCAUUACCAGGUGACAGCGGCACGAAAGGGGACCAUUUUUUCGCCGAGGCCAAACGACUGAUUGUGGAGAACGGCGAGUAUGAGCAGCCACGGCUAACGACGGUUCAGGCUCUCGCUAUCAUGUCGGUUAUCGAGGCGGGCAAUGGGAGGGAAGCCAAGGGAUGGGUGUAUAGUGGCAUGAGCUUCCGGAUGGCUCAAGAUAUUGGACUGAACCUGGAUCCCGGAUCGAUGGCGGCGUCAGGACUGGACGAAGAGGAGAUCGAUGCGCGACGAGUGACGUACUGGGGCUGCUUCCUGUUCGACAAAUGCUGGUCCAACUAUCUUGGAAGGUUACCACAACUGUUGAGGAGCAACUGCAACGUUCCCAAAUACGACGUUUUCCCGACCGAGGACGCAGAGAUGUGGUCACCUUACACGGAUAGCGGCUACGACCAGUCAUCGGAACAGCCAUCUCGGGUCCGCGCUGUCGGACUCCAACUAGUGAAGCUCUCGGAGAUCAGCAGUGACCUGCUUCUCUUUUUCUACCACCCCAAACACAUCGGGAGGUCGAGUGGCAAGUCGGUCGAAUUGAAAAAGCUGAGCGAACUACAUCGACGACUCGAGGAGUGGCGGAAAGAAUUGCCGGCCGAGUUUGAGCCCAAGGAUGGCCAGCUACCAAACGUCAUCCUGGUGCACAUGUUCUUUCACCUCCAGUACAUACACCUGUUCAGGCCGUUCCUGAGGUAUGCCCCGGCAAACUCACCUCUUCCGGCACAUGUGUCGCCUCGCCGUAUAUGCACUGCCAAUGCUGGAGCCAUCUCCAAGUUGAUGCGAUUGUACAAGAAGACGUACAACCUACACCAAAUUCCCAACAUAGCUGUGUACAUGCUCCAUUCGGCGUGCACAAUACAUUUACUGAACCUGCCAGAAAAGGCUGCCAGGCGGGAUAUCAUUCACGGGGUGAAGCAUCUUGAGGAGAUGUCCGAAGAUUGGCUCUGUGCGAGGAGGACUUUGAGCAUCUUCAGUGUGCUGGCACGGAAAUGGCACGUCGAGCUGCCUGCCGAGGCUUCAAUCGUAUUAAAACGUACAGAUGAGAAGUACGGAACGUUCAAUACGGCCGAGGUCCCAUCUCCAAGCGUUUACGCCAACACGACACCCAGUGCUGGUUGCGGUUCCGCCGGCUCGCCCCUGAGCACGACCAUGACGAAUCUGCCUCAAUCUGUAACUCAAGAACCGGACCAGAACCACCACCACCAGCAACAGCAGCAGCAGCAGCAACAACAACAACAACAACAACAACAACAACAACAACAACAACAACAACAACAACAACAACAACAACAACAAUAUGCGCCGGCCAGCAUAAGUAGAAGGAAUUCGAGGAGGGAUUCACUGACGACGCCUCAGGACUCCUCCAUGCAUGCAUCAAUGCAUUCUAGCAUGCUAAAUGGGUAUGAAUCGGUCCCGCGGGCAGUGAACAAGCAACAGCAGGCUAUGUCCUCGCAGGUUCCAAAAUCUUUACCUUACGCAACAGCCAACAAUACGAAUUGCGUGAGCUCAAAUGUGCCAAUCUCGAUGGGCGAUGCGAUGGCUGCUAUGAACUCGUGGGGAAUGUCGCCCGUCUCUCAACAACAGACUCAGACGAUACCAGCCUAUCACCAUCACCAGCAUCAACAAGCACCACAGUCGCAGGGUCAAUCACAGCGGCCACGUCAAUACUCAGCGAUGCAUCACAAUGGCCACAAUGUAGCCGGGAACCCAUCAUCAGCAACUCGAGCUUCACCUACAACAACCAAUCGCCAAGUGGCGCCGCAAUUUCUAGGGACGCUUGACGGCCAGGAGUGGUUUCUGAAGGAUAGCGUCAACUGGCAUCAGAACUUUGAGGCGUGGGGGUUGGGCGAUAACGUGCAGACCAACGUAGCCGGGCAGGGAGCGGGAGGAAUGGGUGGACCCACGGGCACCGGAACCGGCAUGGCUGACGCAGCAAGUAUGUUCAUGUUCAGGGGAGGUAAUGGUAUGCGUGACAACGAUGGUGGGAUCGAUGUGUCUGUUUUUGACUCGCUUGAUACCACCAUGAAUGGGCUGGAUCACUUGUCUGGCCUUGAAUGA